UCAAUAUAUUUUUGAUGCAAAUUACUUCUCAAACCGAGUGUACAAAAAAAAGGGGGAAUUUUAAUCGAUAUUAAACAGUUUUUGAAGUUUGACUUGUUUGAUGAGGGGCAAUAUAUGUAUGAUAUGGCAGUUGGCAUCACUCAAUCACUCAUCACUGUAAUUUAUUCGUUCGGUCUUGCGAUUUCAAUUUCUAAUACGUUUCAGUUUAUACGAAGUAGGAGGUCACGAUUGUUGGUACAAAUUAACCGAUUUAAUUUAUGUUGCUGAACUUAUCAGCAUCUCAACUGGGUUAUUUUAAGAAAGCUCAUGGUAGGCCCCCUGUUAACUGAACCACACUUAAAAUUUCUACUGAGCCAUGAAGAACGAGACUAUGAAGACAGUAUUGAAAACUUUAAAUGGAGUCCAAAGUAGCUUAUUACUUUGGGGUGACCCCUUUAAUAAGGAUGUAAAUGAAUGUAUUAUUUGUGUAACUGGUAAUCCUGGGUUAGUCGAUUUUUACUCUGAAUUUGGUCAGGAACUGCAUAAUGAACUAACAAUGCCAGUUUGUGUAAUCGGACAAGCAGGUCAUGAAGAGAUAUCAGUUAAAACAACAUCUGAAAAUUUAACAAGUGACAGCAAUUCUUUUAUUCUGAAUGGUCAAAUUGCCCAUAAACAUGACCUCAUAUCAAACUACAUAAGUAAACAGAGCAAAUUGCAUUUAAUUGGACAUUCCAUUGGUGGCUGGCAGAUAAUAGAGUUAAUAGACAGAAAUCCUGAACUAGUAUCAAGGAUAUCGUCAGUUAACUUACUAUUUCCUACCAUACAAAAAAUGGCAGAAAGUCCAAAUGGAAGAUUCCUUAAUUUGUUCUUAAGAAGAAUACAUUGGCUGCUCUUAAUAUUUCUUAAGCUGUUAAGAAUACUUCCAUAUUGGAUAAAUAGUUACUUGAUAUAUUUAUACUUGUCAUGGCAUUCCUUACCAUCCCACUACUAUGAACGAAUAGCUAAAGUCAUAGAUCCAAAUGUUAUGGAAAAAGUUUUAAUUUUAGCUUUUGAUGAAAUGGAUACUGUAACAAAUCUAAAUAAAGAUGCAAUUAAAAACAUAAAACAUUUAACUAAUGUUAUAUACAGUAAAACAGAUAAUUGGGCUCCUUUAGCAUACAUAGAUGAUUUAAAAAUUUAUGAGCCACAAAUAUGUUUAGUUGAAAUGGAAGUCAGUCAUGCAUUUGUUUUGAAAUCCUCAAAGCUUGUUGCUGAGAAGGCUGCAAGAUUUAUCAAAGAUAAACGUAAAUCAAAUCUACGUAAUGGUGACAAAAUGUUGAAUCAAGAUUGUGAAAAAUCAAAGUAGAAUUGUAAAAGAUUAUAGCCAUUUUAAUGAAUUGUAUUUAUCACACUAAUCAAAAUUAUAUUUCAAACCAGUUUUA